ACAUUUCAAACAUAUUCAAACAAGCGUACAAUUAGAAGAUGUGAGCCCAACGGCCUAUAAUGUUUGAUCAUGGAGAAUUUAAAAUUCCGAGACUGCCCUGCAAUCAUCUAAACAAGUCAAACUCAAGUCAAGCUGAUGUCCUUUUCUUGUUCAACAUUGGCUGCUGAAAUACCAGUAUAUUUCUCAUCAUUUAGGCGAACAGUUCCAGAGUUUAUAUUAAAGAAAAAAAAACAGCAGACGCGGUGAAGCAACGCCAAGUAGGUUUUGAAUAUUACUCCCAACAAAUUCGUAUAAUCAGAGUAUUUGGUGAAUUAUGGAACUUGUAGGACCAAUUUGUGAAGUGCUAAAGUGCUUAGGAGAUCCUACAUGUACAUACAUAGAGCAUCACAGAAAACUUGAAGAAAGGAAGAAUGAUCUUCUUGCAAAACAACGCCAACUAAAUGCUAUGAAGAGUGAUGUGGAGCUGAGAAUAAAAGCAGUGUUUCGAUGGGGAAGACGUGUAAGGCAAGAAGUAGAGAACUGGCUUCUAGAUGUGCAAGUCAUCAAUGACAAAAUACAGAACAUUGAAGAAAGAAUGCAAAAUGUGUCUUGUUUUUCACGUGCACGCCUUGGAAAACGUAUUGCCCAAACAGUUCAACAAGUGGAGGGAAUUAUUGAACGAGGUAGUUUCACUGAAGCUCUAGUAAUUGAUAAUCCAUCUACUGCUGGAGUGCCUUUUCAAUUGGAACAUUUAGAAGGUGAAACCAUGGUGAAAGAAGACAUUUGGAACUAUUUGAUGAGUGAUGAAAUUGGAAUGAUUGGAGUUUGUGGUAUGGGCGGGAUCGGGAAAACCACUAUCAUGAAGCACAUACACAAUCAACUAUUGGAGGAGACUAAAGCUUUGUUUGAUAAAAUAAUUUGGGUCACUGUUUCAAAGGAACUCAACAUUCCCAAAUUACAGGAAAAACUUGCAAAUGCUCUGAAUAUUGUUGAUCUUCCAGAAUCUGAACCAGAGCGUGUAGCAGAACUAAUGGAGAAAUUGGGACAAAGAAGAUAUGUAUUGAUCUUAGAUGAUGUUUGGGAAAGGUUCUCUCUGGCAGAGGUAGGGAUCCCUAAACCAACAUCCAGCAAUGGAAGUAAGUUGGUAUUAACUAGUAGAUCGAUUGAGGUUUGUAGAUCUAUGGACUGUAAGGAAGUCAAAGUGCGUCCACUGUCCCAUGAGGAGUCCAUGAAUUUGUUCUUGGGGCAUGCUGGACAUGGGGUUCUAAAGGUUCCAUCUUUGAAAGAAAUUUUGGGCAACAUUGUUAGGGAGUGUGGUGGGUUACCCCUUGCCAUAGCUGUAAUAGCUGGGAGCAUGAAGGGAAUAUAUGAUGUUGCGGAAUGGAGGAAUGCAUUAAGAGAGUUACGAGACCAUGUAAGAAGCGUGAAGGGCACAGAUGUUGAAAUAUAUGAGCGAUUAAAAUUCAGUUUCGAUCGUUUGGGAGAUUUGAAAAUCCAAAGUUGUUUCCUUUAUUGCUCACUAUAUCCAGAAGAUUAUAUAAUUCCAAGGAAGGAAUUAGUAGAAUACUGGAUAGAUGAGGAAUUUCUGGGAACUGGGAGUCGACAAGAGUUGUAUGAUAGGGGUCAUACUAUAUUAAAUAGGCUGGUAGACAAUAGUAUGUUGGAAAAGGCUACAGAUGAUGUUAAGAUGCAUGAUGUAAUGAGAGAUACAGCAUUGUAUAUCAAAAGUUCUGGCCCCCGUUUUAUGGUAAAAUCUGGCAUCGGACUAAAAGAAUUACCAAGCAAGCAAGAAUGGGGAGAAGAUCUUGAAAAAGUUUCCAUCAUGAUGAAUAACGUAUCAGAAAUUCCUCCGUACUUGUCACCUAAUUGUGACCUUCUUUCUACCUUAUUAUUGCAAAAGAACAGGUCCUUAGAAAAUAUUUCUGAAUCGUUCUUUCAGCAUAUGCAUAGACUCAGCAUUCUAGAUCUUUCUUAUACCAAGAUUGAGCAAUUGCCCAAUUCUGUGUCAAAAUUGGAAAAGCUCAAAGCAUUGGUGCUUCGUGAAUGCCACAACUUGAGAUAUGUGCCUUCACUAGAAAAGCUUGAGGCUCUAAGAAAGUUGGACCUCCAUCGUACAGCUAUUGAAAAGGUGCCUGAAGGUUUGGAAAUGUUAUCAAAUCUAACCUAUCUUAAUUUAUGUACUCAAAGCUUAAAGACGUUGCCAGUUGCAAUUCUACCUAGACUUUCUUGUCUGCAAUGUUUGGUAUUAUACGUUGAAUCAAGUAGUGUAGAAAUGAAUGGAUUCGAUGCUGCCAGAUUAACGAAGCUAGAGAUAUUUGAAGGGAGAUUUACUGAGUUGAUAGACUUUAAUGCCUACACCAAGUUUAUACAAGGUCAAGAGCUCACUUCUUACUUGCUUGUCAUGGCACCACUUAAAGCCAAGUUUAAAGUCAAUGAGGGAACCAAAAUAUUAAUGCUUCGGUGUCACGGUGUAAGAGACAGCGGAGUCUCGGAACUGGCGAAAAUCAUAAUAGCAAAGAAAGGUGUGCAGUCUGUAUCCUGUAAUCUGGAAAAAGGACAAGUGAAAGUGGUUGGUCAGUUGGAUCCUUUUGAAAUCAGAAAAAAGCUGCGAAAAUAUAGAUGUCUUGAGAGCUUGUCUGUGAGAGAAAAACGGAGGUUUCCGUCUCUUUUCCGCAAGAAGGAAGUAAUUUUAUGUGGAUGCCAGAUCGGAAAAGAUCCAGUGGUUCUUCCAACUGAUCUUAUGUUUCUGAGAAUUUUUCAAUCCCACAAUGUGAGAAGCUUAAGCGCUAUCUCCAUAUUUUUCCAACAAGCAAACCAGUUAAGGGUCUGUUCAGUUGAAGAUUGUAAAGGGAUAGAAUCCAUUCUCGACUCGUCAUUGUCGAACUCGCUGUGCAGUCCACUUGAGAACCUUGAGUGCUUGUGGCUUGAAAGGUUGGAUAAUUUGCAUGUGCUUAUUAAAUUAGAAGCACCUCUUUCUAUUUCUAGGUCACCGCCUCUACUAGGCAUCUUUUCUCAUCUUAAAUCAUUUGUGAUUAAAGAAUGCCCAAACAUGAAGCAGCUCUUCCCAUUUAAGCUAGCACAUGACCUUCAAAACCUGGAGAAGCUGGUGGUUUGUGAUUGCGUACAAAUGGAGGAAAUAAUAUCAUCAGAGGAAGAGAAUCAAGAAAUAAACACUCCCAUGGAAUUCAGUCUUCCCAAAUUAAGGAAGUUGGAAUUGAAGAACUUACCAGAGCUAAAGAGCAUAUGCAGUUCUAAUAGGACAAUGGUAUGCAAUUCUCUUCGGAAUAUUGAAGUAUCGAAAUGUACGAAUCUGAAAAGGAUGCCUCUACAUAUUCCACUUUUCCAAGACACAGACCAAUCAGUCCCUUCUGCUCAUCCUCUCAAGGUAAUCUGCAUACAUCCAAAGAAGUGGUGGGAAUCAGUAGAGUGGGACUAUCCAAAUGCUAAGGAGGUUCUGCUACCUUGGUUGGUAUUGAUAUAGCACUGCUGGAAGCCGUGGCCGUUCAAAUCAAAUUCCUGAUCAACCUAAACAGUGAGUCUUCAUUGUUUUCUUUAUAUCUAAUGGUAAGCCCCCUUUUUCUUCUUUAUUUCUAAGGGCAAACUUUAAGAUGAUUUACAUAUGUUUUACCAAUGAAGUAUGCUUGUUGGCUUAGAUCAAUUUUGAUUACCCUGCCUAUAAUGCUCCAUCUUCCUUCCCCAGUUUUUUUAACUUGUGGUUUAAUCUGUUAUAGAACUUCAAUUUUGCUCUAAUAUGGUUUGAAUUUUAAUGUUGUAAUUCAACUUUGUACAUUAUAAUCUUGAUUUUAGUUUGCAUCAUUUUUGGCUAUGUGGUUGCAUUUCUUAGUCUUAUAAAUUGAAGUUAAUAUAAGUUGCUUGCUGCUGGGUUUUAUCCUUCUUCUGUCCUUUUAAGAUUGGCCAUUAGUGAGACUGAAAUCAAUUAUAUUUUUUAGAAAAGAAGUUAAUAUAAGUUGUUUGCUGAUGGGUUUUAAAUUCCCUGGAAUUCAAAAAUAUUAUUUCAUGGUACAAAGGCCUGAAAACCUUCUAAUGACAAAAUUCCUUAGCCAAAAACCUUUCUCAUUCUUUCCUUUGCAUGUAAGAUAACAGUGUGAACUAAGACCCUAGAAGGCCAAUAAACAUUAAUAAAUACAUACAUCAAUAAAAGAAAACAAGAGAAAAACCCAGAAAGAGAGAAUUGCUUUAUGCAACCCUAGAAAUUAAGACAUACUUUUCUGCACAUCUUGGUUCAUGUAUGAUAAUAUAUGUUGUUUCCAAUGUGAUGAUUUCGUAAACCUCAACCAAAUCAAUCAAAACAGGAGAAAAGCAUCUGAAAACGAGAAGAAGAAGAUGUCUCUAAGCCCACCUAGAGCAAGGGUCAAUGGUGCGGCCCCUGGGAGGAACUACCGGCUUUACUGGUGCUACCACUGCCAUCAAUCUGUCCGGAUUGCUUCUACAAAUCCGUCGGAGAUUGUCUGCCCUCGAUGUUUUGGGCGGUUUGUUUGCGAGAUGGAAAUCAACAGGCCUAGGAUGGUUGUUGAUUUCACUGCUUUUGAUCCAUCCCCUGAAGCUCGUCUGUUGGAAGCACUCUCUCUUAUUAUGGAUCCUCCUAUCAGGCUAUUCAGUCUUGGUAAUUCUGAUAGCCAAGAAUCUCGGGGCAGGCCUUGGUUGAGACGUCGGAACAACUUACUAGAAUCCGAAGGUGAAAAUCGGCCUCUGGAGCGUCUUCGUAGGCACAGGAGCCGGAGUUUAGAUGGAACUGAUGAUAGAGAACAAGAACCUGAAUCUCUAGGUCAUCCUAGGACUUGGAUUAUUGUUCCACCGCCGGGUCCUUUUGGCCUAGGCCAAGCAGGACCAACUUUUCCGCAUGAAACCCCUGGACGCCCUGCUCUGGAUCCAAGGAACUUCUUUUCCGGACCAGGACUAAAUGAGUUGAUAGAUCAACUAACACAAAAUGACAGGCCAGGAGUACCACCAGCUCCGGAGUCAACAAUCGACGCAAUUCCAACAGUAAAGAUCACGGAAUCGCAUCUACGCAAUGAUUCGCAAUGCCCAGUCUGUAAGGAAGAAUUCAAGGUUGGUGAAGAGGCAAGAGAGUUGCCUUGUAACCAUAUAUACCACAGUGAUUGUAUUGUGCCUUGGUUAAGGCUCCACAAUACUUGCCCCGUUUGCCGCCAUGAGUUGCCUGUCAGCAGUACUGAUGAACAAUCCAGCAAUGACUGUUUCUCCGAACCCGAGGUUUCUUCCAGAAGAAGAGGUUGGAGGCUUAGGCAACUGGCUAGUAAUUUGUGGCCUUUCCAUUGGAGGCAUCAGAGAAUUAACCCAGAGACCUAUGGAACUCCUGGUAAUUAAAAUUUAUUCUAAUUGAUCUCACUUUAUACAUGCAAUAUAUAUUGUACCUAAAGAAGAAGCUUGAAUUUGAUUUAAUUUUGUGCAAACAUUCACUUUUGCAAAGAUGAUCAUGAAAAUCUUGAAACUGAAAAUAA